AGGUAGUCAUAGAGUAGAGUUUAAACUUUAGAUGUAUAUAGACUUUAGAGGUUAAGGAUUUAUAAAUAUGGAUAAUCAAACCAAAGUUUUAAAGUAUUUGAUUUCAAUAGAAAAGUUAGCUGAAGAAAUUAUAACCGAUAAACGUGAAAUUGUACUCUUAGACAAAAGAAGAAAUCAGAAUCGUGAAGCCCUUAGAGAUAUUAACAAAGCCUGUCAAACAAAGUGCUGGGUGACAGUAGGUUCUGUUUUGGUGAAACACAACCUGAGUGAUACUGUAGCACUGUUGGAAGCAGAUCAAAAACAACUCAACAUUGACAUUAACAAGUUACGGAGCAAUUUGAAAAUAAAAGUAAAUGAUCUAAGAGACUUAGAAAUGCAACCACCAGUCCCUGGUUCUAUGCUAGUCCCUUUGUCCGAUAAAGAGUCUGAAGGCUUGUCAAAUGUGGGUCUAUUUUCAACAUAAUAAAAAUGAAUUUAAA